AUGGCUUACGUGAGGACUAUGGUAGGUCAAGCUGUCGCGUGGCAGGUCUACUGGGUCGGGAUCGUUGGACUCGUGCUCGUUGUAUCUCCCGUGUUCUCGACCGUGAUCAGUGUCUGUACAUGGCCGGUCGUGUCGCUUCUCGUGGCUGUUGUCUAUAACAAGUACGAUGAGUACCAUGGCUUGAGUGGAACCGCCUUAGCCACGGCGACUCUUAGCAUCACAUCUUAUUUCUAUUUGAUUAACAAAGACAAAAAAAGUGUUACCGUGGAGUAG